AUGGCAACUCUGAAGCCUAUCGGCACUGACAAGAAAAAGGCACCUCUCUACUUUGAAGAUACUGUGCAGAUAUAUGGUCCUAUACCACGCAACGCCAAGGCUCCCUUCAAUCCCCAGGAUGCUCAAAAGGGGCUGAAGAAGCUGCUGGAAGGUAAGAAGUCUAUCAAAGCAAAAAUGGUUGCUGGUGAAACGGGUUUGGGUCUGAAGAAAAAGGGCAUAGGCGGUAAGAAGCCUCCAAUGGAAAAGAUGCCAUAUACUGGUGUAAAAGGAUUCUAUCAAUUCUCUGAUAAUCCCGGAUGUGUCGUAGUGGCUGUUGAGACUAAGGAGAUCAAGCCACAAUACGUGAUCUUUGCCCCUACAACUGUGGAAAAAGCAGUGAGACUUGUUAAAGUGUUUCAAGCCGCGCAGUGGGCGGAGAAAUCCAACUUAAAGAACAAACCAGCUCCGUUGCCAGAGAUAGAUAACUCGGCCGCCGUUGCCAGCUCAAGACGUUCAAGCGAAGUCUUAAGCCGCCGAAGUCCUACGGACUUCAAGCACAAGCUCUCGCAGCAGCAGAAGAACUGCGGAGACUCCAAACGAACUUCAACGGAAGAGUCGUUCCGUAUCUUCAUCUUCAUCGUCUUCUCGCAGAUCUAG